AUGAAGCGAGGCAAGCCCUCCCCUGCCUGUCAAACCUGCCGGGUUAGACACUGUUCAUGCGAUCGAGCGCAGCCAGUAUGCAGCACAUGUGUGCAGAAGGGUCGGGAAUGUAUCCCGUCGUACAAUAUUCGCUUCCGAAAGAGUCGCGUGGACUUUGUGAACCAAACCGUGGACCAUAUUGGGACUUAUGCCGACUUCCACUCUCCCCUGGACCUUGACGCCAAUUGCCCUCGCUCCAUCUCUUCAAAGCUCACGUUGGCCCCAAUAUUGUCCAGCCCCUCGCUGGUGCCGCCAUUGCUGGGAAUUCCGGAGGCUCAUUUCAUCCAGGUCUCCCCCGAACCUCUUCUAGUCUUGCCAGAGAUCUUUGUACUGGCAGCAGAACCACCUGCCCUCUAUCAUGAGGUCGCCUGUGCCCCCGCGGACAGGCGACGCUAUGCGACCUUGUUGACUCAUUUCCGGCGUCAUGUUCGAUCCCUUGCUGCGAGGCAUUUGCAGCGCUUUGCCGAUGACGACGUUGAUGAGGCGGAGCAUUACCACGAGAAAUGUAUUGAGCUUCUACUUCCCGCUCUGAAUGAUCUGAAUGACCGGACCGCCACCUGCGAUGGGGCGAUUCUGGCUGCCUCAGUGUUACUCCGGCUCUACGAAGAGAUCAGCGAGGUGCAGAACGAAAACCGCCCCUGGCAGGAAGGCCUGGGGCGUGGUGCAUUCUGGAUUCAUCAGCGCCAGGACAUGAUCAACGCAAUCCUCAACCAGCGCCCCAACAAGGCCGAUCUCACGUUUUGCGGGCUAAACCGGAUACCUAACGAUCCCAAUCCAGAAACCUGGGCCAAACGGAGCACGUGUGCAUCCUCCAUCGAGCGGUGCGAGGCCCUGAGACAUCAGCUAGACUGUUGGGAUAUGCACAAACCUCCCUGCUACGCGCCCUUCUUCCAUGGUGAUCUCAGCCACCGGACGGGGGAUGCAUUUCCCGAAAUCACUUUCACCCUGGACGCAGCGAUCGUCGGUGUGGCCUACUAUCAUCUCUCGAUGCUGCUCAUGGCAAUCUACAAUCCCCAGCAACUUAAGAUAGGGCUCCUGCACGUAAAGAGUCGCCAACAGAUUGAACGCGAAGUGCAAUUCCGUGUUCGAGCACUCUGUGGCAAUGCCCUCUCCAAUCCCUGCCCGCCCGCCCGUGUGGUGGCUUGUCUAGCAAUAUUGCAGUGUGGUGCGUGGUUCACGGACCCAGGUGAACAGCGCCAACUUGUAGACAUCAUAAAUAUGGUCGAGCGAGAUGAUAUGUAG